CCUCCUGCUACAGACUGAGACGGAGCUGGCAACGAGCAGAGAAACGGGGGGAGCUGUGACACCACGGAGAAAAAACGCGAUUACACCCCAAAUACCAGCGGGUUUUUGGUCGCAAUUGUUCGGGUGUAUCCGGGAAAAAGGCUGUCCGGGCGGCAGUUCGGGCUGAGGGCUAAAUUUAGUCGCGGGUGGUCGAGGAUAGCAGUCUAUUUUUCAACAACCAACUCCCCAGAUGAACUCCGUCAGAGCCACCAACAGGAGACCCAGGCGAGUGUCGAGGCCGCGCCCGGUGCAGCCCGAACGGAACAACGGAGAGAGAGAUGAGGAGGCUCCUGCAGCAGCCGCAGCAGAAAUGGCUAUUGAGGAGUCCGGUCCAGGUGCUCAGAACAGUCCCUACCAGCUUCGACGCAAGACCCUGCUUCCCAAGAGAACCGCCGCUGCCUCUGCCACCGCCUCUGCCUGCCCCAGCAAGGGCCCAAUGGAGGGAGCUUCCACUUCAUCAACAGAGGCCUUUGGCCAUCGAGCCAAGCGGGCACGAGUGUCCGGUAAGAGCCACGACCUGCCAGCAGCCCCAGCAGAGCAAUAUCUGCAGCAGAAGCUUCCAGAUGAGGUUGUUUUGAAGAUUUUUUCCUACUUACUGGAGCAAGACCUCUGUCAGGCAGCUUGUGUUUGCAAAAGAUUCAGCCAGCUAGCAAACGACCCCAUCCUAUGGAAGCGCUUAUACAUGGAGGUGUUUGAGUACACGCGUCCCAUGAUGCAUCCAGAGCCAGGCAGGUUCUACCAGGUCAGUCCUGAGGAGCAUGAACACCCAAACCCCUGGAAGGAGAGCUUUCAGCAGCUGUACAAAGGUGCGCAUGUAAAACCGGGCUUUGCUGAGCAUUUCUACAGUAACCCUGGAAGAUACAAAGGCAGAGAGAAUAUGCUGUAUUAUGACACCAUUGAGGAUGCACUAGGCGGCGUACAAGAAGCCCACUUUGAUGGUCUCAUCUUCGUUCACUCUGGCAUCUAUACAGAUGAGUGGAUUUAUAUAGAGUCCCCCAUCACCAUGAUUGGUGCAGCUCCUGGUAAAGUAGCAGACAAGGUGGUGAUAGAGAAUACUAGAGACUCGACGUUUGUCUUCAUGGAGGGCUCAGAGGAUGCAUAUGUGGGGUACAUGACCAUCAAGUUUAAUCCUGAUGAUAAGUCAGCACAGCACCAUAACGCCCACCACUGUCUGGAGAUCACCGUCAACUGCAGCCCUAACAUCGACCACUGCAUUAUCCGGUCCACGUGCACAGUGGGUUCAGCUGUGUGCGUGAGUGGACAGGGAGCCUGUCCAACCAUCAAGCACUGCAACAUCAGCGACUGUGAGAACGUAGGACUGUAUAUUACAGACCACGCACAGGGCAUUUAUGAAGACAAUGAAAUCAGCAACAAUGCGCUAGCGGGAAUUUGGGUUAAAAACCACGGUAAUCCCAUCAUCAGACGUAACCACAUCCACCACGGACGAGAUGUUGGAGUGUUCACUUUUGAUCACGGCAUGGGUUACUUUGAAAACUGUAAUAUCCAUAGAAAUCGCAUAGCAGGCUUUGAGGUAAAAGCAUACGCCAACCCCACGGUGGUGCGUUGUGAGAUCCACCAUGGCCAGACGGGAGGCAUCUACGUCCAUGAGAAGGGGCGGGGCCAGUUUAUAGAGAACAAAAUCUAUGCCAAUAACUUUGCGGGUGUGUGGAUCACAUCCAACAGUGACCCGACGAUACGGGGAAAUGCUAUAUUCAAUGGUAACCAAGGAGGGGUGUACAUAUUUGGAGAUGGUCGGGGUUUGAUAGAGAGUAACGACAUCUAUGGUAACGCUUUGGCGGGAAUCCAGAUCCGAACCAACAGCUGCCCCAUUGUACGGCACAACAAGAUCCAUGAUGGCCAGCAUGGGGGCAUCUACGUGCACGAGAAAGGCCAGGGAGUGAUCGAGGAGAACGAGGUUUACAGCAACACACUGGCUGGAGUCUGGGUGACCACAGGCAGCACUCCAGUCCUCCGCAAGAACCGCAUCCACAGUGGCAAACAGGUUGGUGUAUAUUUCUAUGACAACGGGCACGGUGUGUUGGAAGACAACGACAUCUACAAUCACAUGUACUCUGGUGUACAAAUAAGGACGGGAAGCAACCCAAAGAUCCGGCGCAACAAGAUAUGGGGAGGCCAGAAUGGAGGGAUUCUAGUCUAUAACUCAGGUCUGGGCUUCAUCGAGGACAAUGAGAUCUUUGACAAUGCCAUGGCCGGGGUGUGGAUCAAGACGGACAGCAACCCUACACUGAGAAGAAACAAGAUCCAUGAUGGCAGAGAUGGAGGCAUCUGUAUCUUUAACGGAGGCAGAGGUUUGCUGGAAGAGAACGACAUCUUCAGGAACGCUCAGGCCGGUGUGCUGAUCAGCACCAACAGCCAUCCAAUACUCCGCAAGAACCGCAUCUUUGACGGCUUCGCAGCAGGUAUUGAAAUCACUAACCACGCCACUGCAACGCUGGAGGGAAACCAGAUCUUCAACAACCGCUUUGGAGGCCUGUUUCUGGCUUCAGGCGUGAAUGUCACCAUGAAAGAUAAUAAGAUUCUGAAUAAUCAGGAUGCCAUUGAGAAGGCAGUGAGCAGAGGACAGUGUCUCUACAAGAUCUCCAGUUACACCAGUUACCCCAUGCACGACUUCUACAGAUGUCACACCUGUAAUACGACAGAUAGGAACGCCAUCUGUGUUAACUGCAUCAAAAAAUGCCACCAAGGACAUGAUGUAGAGUUUAUACGGCACGAUCGGUUUUUCUGUGACUGCGGAGCAGGAACGUUGUCGAACCCGUGCACGCUGGCCGGAGAGCCCACACAUGAUACAGACACUCUGUAUGACUCAGCGCCGCCCAUCGAGUCCAACACGCUGCAACAUAACUGAAGGCGUUAACACUCUCUCACAUAAGCAUACAAACACAUUACAUUGCACACAGUCAUACACACAUAUAAACACACACAGUUACAUACACACAUCCACUGGCAGCCAUAAGGACCCAGAGAGACUCUGUGAUCGCAGCGCUCUCAGACGGGAUCGAGGUGAAAGAGGCUGCAGAGGAAGCAGCUUCGCGGUGGCCUGCAGUCAGACGCGCUGCAGCGGAGGCAGCCUUCACUAGAGGGAGCAGUGGAGCUGAGGAUGGACUGACAGAAAGGCCACAAGAGAUUCCUCACUGGAGUAUUUGUCAUUGCAGUCUGUAUACAGAGAAGACGAGAAGAGAAUUAUUUGGAAAGCUCUGGCAGAGUUGUGAAGAUCUAUGUGGUGUGAAUCCUCAGCUCCUGGCCCUCUUCUCCUUCUCAAGAACUGCUGUUAAAGAGACUUCCUGCUUCCUCGCAGCUGCCAUCCCUAUUGGCUGCCCGGGCAGUUGUAACUAGGCAAUGGAUGCGCGGAUGUUGCUCUGUUGUGUGUGUAUGUGUGCGUGUGUGUGUGGAUAAAAAGUAAGAUUGUGUGUGUGAUGGAGCACUUGGGCUUUUUUUUAAAAAAAAAUAUGUUCUGAUCAAUGGAUUUUAUUUCAAUGCUUUCUCAUGUAGUUUUGUAUUUUCAAGCAAAAAGCUGACUGUAUUUGAAUGUCUUUUAUUUUAUUAUAUAUUAUUAUAAUUAUUUUUCUUUGGUUAGCGUCCCUCCUCCCUCCCCGAUGCCCCGGCAAACUGCAGAAACUCUAACGUCCCAGUGGUGAAGUUCUUUCUGUGAAAGAGAAUCUCAUUUAAACACUAAAAACCCUCUCCAGUAUAUUAGCUUAAAUGGCAGGUGGAGCGACUCCACAGUUGUAUAAAGGUGUGUGUGUGGGAGUGUGUGUGUGUAAAUGUGUGUCGUGUACAGUGCAAGUUGUGCGUGUGUGUGUAUAUAUGUUUAUAAGUUGAUGCAGUCAGUGUUUUGUGGAGAGGGUUUCAAUAGGAGGCGUCAGAGCUCCUUUGAACUGGAACUGAAGAGUGUAUCUGCAGCCCCUCACCCCCGUCCUCCCCUGUCUCCCCCCUGUGUAUCGUGGUGACUGUGGCUCCUCAUGCAGCCUGAAUCGUAUGCAUGUACCAUAACAUCUAGACUUAAUAUAUUGUGAAGUAUUCAAUAACCAUUAUGUAGAUGCUAGUUGGAAUUCAAAAAGGGGUAUACUUUCUUAGAAAGACAAAAAAGACAACAAGGAACUGGCCAUUUCUAAGAAAAUAAAACUUUAUUAGAUCAGA